UCAAUAUCAGCAGCAACAACAACAACAACUGAAACAACAAUAACAACAACAACGACGACGACAACACAACAAGUCCCCUUUAUCCAUGAGCCAAAACUGAAGCGCAGGCCAUACGGCCCCAACAACAUCUCUCCAACCUUCCUAAAAAUAUUAUCUAGGUCAGGAAGCCCUAGAGAAGCUCCUUCUCAUCUUCAACAUGGCCUUCCAGUCAGCAGACAACAGUAAUUCGGGGAAGAUAACUGAGUGAGAUUGGACUGUCACUUAUAUUACCUGCAGGAGGCAGUGACUCUGGGGACAAAUUUUCUUUUCUCUGGGUCGCAGAGACAGGAGCAACAGACAAAUUACUGACACUGCUAGCCGCUUAAACCCGUCUGCCACAAACGCACACACCAACAACAACAACAACAACAACAACAACAACAACAACAACGACAACAACAACAGCAGAAACAACAACAACAACAACAGUCUUGUUAUCUCUGGGCCCAACCCAUUGGUAGACACCCCGUCCCCAGAACCUGUUGUAAAAAUGAUCUUGUGAAAAAAAAAGACAAUGAAAAUAUUACGGAGGCGUUUAUUAAUGUUGUUACAUUAUCAUAUUAUUACAAAGAAGUACUUUUUAAAAGUAUGAGGAGGGGCUGGGGACGAAUAGAAAUAUUGCUCUUCUAUUUGUGCAGGUGACUUGUCUGUUUUGAGACAGGAAGACGAAUCUAUCUGGGACACUUUGGGACUAAGUUACCACUCUCGACUUCUUCCCGGCUCAGCACACGUUCCACUCUUUAACAGCUGUCAAGACCUUCACCUUGACCUCUUAUUCGUGGCAGACGGCGGGGAGGAAGCGCGCCAAAACUACCAGCAGCAAAUGAUGCUUUUCGCCAAUAUUAUCGACGUCCUGAUUCCGGAAAAUCAAACAAGUGUAGGGAAUCUUGAUUUUUCCUUACUUUCCGUCUGUAAGAAUUCCAACUUCUCUGGGUUGGAUUUCGAUGUGAGUAUUGGUUUCGGUAAUUAUCGAGACAAAGAGAAGUCCAAAAUUGCAAUAAAGGCAUCCAAACCUUGGGAUAAGGUAUGCCGUAGUAAACCGAUACUUGAAACUCAGGAGAUGGCAAUUAAUUUUCUCUUAGAUCGAACUGCACAAGUACAUGGUGACCGGAAAUCGUUGGUCAUUAUCAUAUCACAUGGCGACGCAGUUGCCUCGGGCCUAAACAGGAGCAUGGCGGCAGACAUUCUGAAUCACAAAUCGAUUACGAUAUUUACCAUUAUCUUGAUGGAGGAAGACGGUCAACACUUCGUGGAUGCAGACUUGGACAAACGCCUCGCUGGUCCAGUGUUUCUCACCAACUCUCAGGAGAUCGCGACAGACCAGGCCAUCCCACUUGUCAUCUGCCGGAAGUGUUACGCCGGCUGGUUUUACGGCUCCUACCCACAUCAAGGUCACGUGAUGUCUAGGUCCUCCUGCUACACGCUCAUUCCGGACUUGCACAUGAACUGGAUGGACGCCAAUUUGAAAUGUGCAAAUCUACCUGGCAAGUCUUCUUUAGUCACUGUGGAGACGGUGCAGGAGCGCGUUAUGCUGAGAGAAAAACUGACACGCUGGUUCAGAGAGCAGUCAUACAAUAACGUCACUCUGCCUUACACACUUUACGUGUUUGUCGGCCUCAUGAGGGACAGCCACGCUGUGGGAAAUAAGUUUAUGUGGAUCAAUGAGAAUCCCCUAGUGGAGAACCACUGGGCUCAGGGAGAGCCUUUCGGGAGAUGGACCCGGCGGUGUGCUUUUUGGAAUCUGACACAACUCGCAACUGACGCUUCAGCUACCCGCGAGGGUUUGGACACAAUGGCAGGUCAGUACGACGAAGAAUUACUGAUGCAAAAGUUGGCCGGAUCAGAAGCGAUACACCGGACUUAUAGCACAGCAGGAAGACCUCAGUUCAGUGACUCAUGGAGCAGCAUCGGCUGUGGCGAGACAGUUUCCGGUCUGGCCAUGUGCGAAGUCCAAGCUCCAGUGGUAAUUAAACGUGAAUAUUCGGUAAGUUCGUUUGUUAGUUCACGUAGUCGAGAGUCUGCGAUACGCCGAGGAGAAGUCGCCUUUGGCUUUUCCCGAAAAUCCCAUCUCCACCGCAAUUCCUUGUUCUCCGCCUCAGCCCCGGAGCUGUACGAUACAUCGAUUAACCUUACGUUCUCUGUAUACCAGGGAGGUGAAUACCAGAUAGCUAUAUCCUUAACAGAAAUUCCCAGGUAUCAGUGUACUGAGGGAUCGUCCAGUAGUAUCUCAUACUCGUACGUGUGUGAAGUCGAUUUCGAUUGCCCCCAGAGAGAGGACGAGAGUUUCUGUAACACAGACAAAGCGUUGUAUAAAUGUACUACAGGUCACGUGAUCCCACAAUACGGCGUCUGUGACCUAUUCCCAGACUGCCCACGGGACCAAAGUGACGAGAACCGACUGUGUGCGAGAUGUGUCCACCUGUUGUGUGCCACAGGGGAGUGUCUUCCCUCCCACUGGUUCAUGGACUUAGAGCCAGACUGCAGAGAGUGCUCCUCCUACCAGGAUGUGGGAACUGAAAUAGAGAUCGCCAGAGCCCAUAAUGUCACAGAUUGUGUUUUUAUGUGUAACAGAACUGACUGUGUAUCGCGAUGGAUGCUGGGAGAUAAAAUAGUCCACUGCACAGGACCAGAAGGACCACUAGACGAGUCAGUCGGUUCUCUGGAAAGCAUAGUCUGCUACGAAAAUCAGCACCCUCGUUAUCCCACUGCCAGUAAUUGGGGGCCUCGUUGUAUAUUCGUCUUAGAUGUCUACGGUGAGCUCAUCGGUUGUCGAAAUAUGAAACAUUUGAGCAACUGUACGCACUUUACGUGCCCAGAGGGAUAUGUGAAAUGUCCAAGGUCCUACUGCAUCCCCGUUCACUACGUGAACAAUGGUCGCGCUGACUGUGCCCUGAAUGAGGAUGAGGUCUCUAUGAAGCUGGACUGUAGCGGCUUGUUCCGAUGCUCGCGCUCAGAAAUGUGGCUGCACCCUGACCGCAUCUGUGACAAUCACCGCGAUUGUCCUAAAGGCGACGACGAACUGAACUGUCACGUUUCGUGUCGUGGGGGGUUUCUCUGCCUGGCGGGGACGGUUUCUGUGAAAGGCCUUGCUCUCUCGACCCAAGUCAAUGACCUUGGCUUUGUGGAUGAGCGGACGAGGCGUUUAGAUGUAAGUAAGAUUAACGUGUCUGCGGCACUUUAUCAUUUCACCUGCCGCCCUCGGCCCUAUCUAAAUCAUCUCAAUGUGUCUAGAUGUAGUCUGAAAAGUGAGCACAUUACAGUGUGUCAGAAAAGAGUUUUCCAGUUCCUAGAAGUUCUUGACCUGAGUCACAACCUUUUAGAUGACUCAUUCCAGCCCAAAAACAUAAUCCGUCACUCGUAUAACGUCUUGUAUCUCAAUCUGUCACACAACAUCGCUCUCAAAACGUUCAAUGUGGACAAGACUUUCUCGAGGCUAAAGCACCUGGACCUCUCCUACACAGGGAUUUCUACCUUUGCUUUACCUUCUCAAGGAAAAUUGCGCUCGCUGUCAGUGCUCAAACUGAGAGGCACCAAAAUUCUCAGCAUCCUACCCUGGUUUUUUCCUCGCGUCUACUCCAUCAUGCAUCUAGAUUUACAGGAAAUCCCGAUAAAGGAGUUCACCCCAAUGAGUUUCGGUCACGUGAGCAUUGGUCAUUUGUACACAAACACGUACAAGCUGUGCUGCCCUCGACUCUACAACACGAAACGCCCCCUGGGCCAAUGCCAUGCACCGGAAGACCCUUUCUCCUCCUGCUCUGAUCUCAUGUCCGGUACGGCGCUCCGAGCUGUGGUCUGGACCGUCGGCGCUCUUGCCCUCUUCGGCAAUCUCGUGGUAUGCGUCAAUCGCUGCUUUCUGGACAGAUCCUCCUUGCGGAUGGCGUACGGACACUUUGUGGCACAUCUCAGCCUCUCGGACUUCCUCAUGGGCGUUUACCUUCUCAUUAUCGCCUCAGCAGACACUCGUCUUCGAGGCAUUUACUUCCUGCGCGACACGGAGUGGAGAAACAGUCUGGCUUGUAAGCUCGCAGGUUUUCUCUCCACCGUAUCCAGUGAGACGUCCAUGUUCUUCAUCCUGCUCAUCACUCUAGACAGAUUUCUGGUGGUCAAGUUUCCACUCGGUCAGAUCCGGCUGUCUGGUCGCUACGUGCACGCAUUGUGUGCCCUGGCCUGGGUUCUUGGACUGACGAUCGCUCUCAUGCCCCUGCUUCCACCCUUCCGCCACUGGCACACCUACACGUGUAACGGCGUCUGUCUCGGUCUGCCUCUGGGUGAUGGCUCACUCCCUGGAUUCCAAUUCUCCGUGGCGAUCUUCAUCUUUCUCAACUUUGGCCUUUUCCUUCUCAUCGCUGCCGGCCAGUUGGUCAUCUACCGCGUGAUCGCGAACACCAGGAGUAAAGUGACGAGGAAGACUAACAGCCCUGCUUCUCGACGCGCACAGGACAUCAAGGUGACCAAACGUCUGUUUCUGGUGGCAGCCUCUGACUUCAUGUGCUGGUUCCCGGUGGGCAUCAUGGGAAUUCUAUCUCUGACGGGACACUGCCUGGGCUACACAGCCUACGCCUGGUCCGCUGUUCUCGUUCUUCCGGUCAACUCAGCCAUUAACCCGAUGAUUUACAACGUGUCCACUUUGCUGGACAAAUGUGGCGAGCUCAUUAAGAGACAGAAAUGGUGGGCCAAAUCCAGAAAAUCGAAAAUAACCUUGGGCAAAGGGAAGAAACAUGAUGAAUCGCGCACAUGAGGCAGAUUGACAGCCAAGACGUCUGUAAUCUAGCGGUCGCGUUCUUCUUCUCGUACUUAUUAACUUUUCCAGUAGUUGGAUUUUGCUUCUCAGACUUUUCUGUUAUAAGACACUGUCUCUUGCUACUCUGAAUUCCCGAGUGCUGGCUCCAAUUUCGGUUUCUAUACCCUGUUCUCAUCCCCCCCCCCACCUCCCCCUUGCUUUCUAUCUUUGCUACUAGAAUAAUAUGUUUCUAGAGUGAACCUUAACGUUAGAUGUGCUCAAAGUAGUUCAGUUUCAGUUUCAUUGCGUUCAUAUAAUUUUCUGUCUCCAGAAUAUUCUAAGAUAUCUUCUAUAUCAUUUUAUUUUCAAAGUUGUAAUACUUAUUUUUUAAUCUUGUUCUUUGAUAACCUAUGCUGCACAUGAAUAAUUGUGAUGGAGAACAAGGUACUUUUUAGAAAUCUUUUUUGAACCAAUGUUUGUUUUAGUGUGUGUCUUUGCAUUGUUCUCUACAUAAUAUAGAUGUCCCCUUUUUCCGUUUUCAUGUUGCAAAUGCAAUUCACCGUUUAAUGUGUGGAGUUGUUUUCCCUUUUGCCCAACUCCUGAAUCGAGAUUUUCGAAACGGAUUACUAAUUCUAUUUGAUCCCCAUCAAUUCCUAUUAUAGACUCGUCAUUGCAUUUAUUAUCAGUGUUCAUUGUUUCCUUUACAUUUAGGUGUAAUCCUUGUUGGUGGCUGUGUUCUUUAACAGAUUUUGUUGUAGUGUUUAGUCCCUUCGGUGGUGGUGUGAAUGGUUGGAGGACGCACUUAGUAAGUCCGACUUCAGUAGUUUCCCUCUCUUGAUUGUGUCUAUCUGUCUUACUUUUCCCCAGCACUAAAUCGCCAUUAUUGUGUCGAUGUGCUUCUUUUUACUCAAACAAACUCGGUGGCACUCAGGGCUGGAGGAAAGUGACGGGCUAAAGGACUUGCUCAGUGAUACAGUUAUCUUGGACCUGACAGUCGCAGUCGACUGUGCUUUUGUGAAUGAAAUAUGUCUGUAAUGCUUUGUGUGAACGCACGUUUAAGUUUGUGCAGCUGAGAUUUAAAAGCUGUGAAUUUCGUUGAAGUACUUUUAAAAAGAUCGUUUCGUCAACUAAAAUUAGAGGAAAUUUAUAAUGGUUGCUAUUUGAUUGUUAAUAAAAUAUGGUUGUAAAGAUUUAAGAAAGCCCCAUCCAAAUGUUAAUCUCUCAAACGUCACUGGCAGUGGCUAGGUUACAGGGAUAGAAGUCGUUAUUUUGUGAGUUUGGGGGGGGGGGGGUUCCAUCCAGGCUCAGCUUGGCCAGUUGUUGUGUCCUUGUGUAAGGCACUUGUGACUUAGUACACGAACGUUCCUUACUUCAUCUAGGUUUGAAUUUGUAGCAAGCCAUACAGCAGCGAAUGAUUUUGUCAGUAUACUACGAGUGUUUUAGUGUCUGUGAAAUUGCAGCUUUUACUGUAUGCCUCCCAGGGAGUUGAGAGUGUUUCAAAAUGUAUUAAAAUUCAGGUCUGUGGGGAUGAUAAAAUAGAUUAUAAAGUACAUAGCCCUCGCUGUUGAGAUUUGUUCUAUACAAAUGGC